GGAUCACCUGCGUCUGACCUGUGUCUGACCCGUAUGUGACGCCGACGCCGACGCGGCACGUUCCGAGGAGGAACGAGAGAUUAAAUAGCAACAGUAUUCAAAGGUUCGAAACAGCUCCAAGACUCGUUUUCUACUUGAUCGUAGAUAUAAACCGCGAGACCUCGUCGUGUGCGCGUAAAACAGCAAGAUUCGACGUUCCUCCUCCCGAGAGAAAUAGUUUGGACGUGCAAGUUCUAGGUUAUAGAGGCCAGCGUUCGGCCCAAUGUAAACCAAUGUGAACGACAAGAUAGCGAUCAGUCAAUUCGGCCAGUUUGGAAGCUUAGCGAGCCUUAUGUAUUGGAAUAGAACGGCGGCCGGUGGUGUGCGCGAAGAAAUGCCGCUAAGUUCGAUCAGUCAUACCGCGUGCACCACCAUCGACACAGUGGAGAGUGUAAACCCUGGUACCAGCACGCAGAUAACAUCAACCUGCUGCACUGUCCUACCACCACCGCCUUAUCAUAAUAUUAAUUUACCCCUCGGACAUCCCUCUACGUUGACCAACGAACGUGGUGCACCGCCCUCGUACGAAGAAGCUAUAGAUCCUAAUGCUCCACCACCAUCUUAUGAUUCCCUAUUUGGUCGUAUGAGGGAAGCUCGUAAAGUCUCAAAAGGAAUAUUCGAUUUCUUGAAGAAUAUAAUCUUUCUACUCUUGGGCACAAUCGGCUGUACCAUCAUUCUUGGAGUAACAAUAGUAGUACCAAUUUGUAUGAUGGUCAUCGGGGGAUUGUAUCUGUACGAUUGCCCACAGGGUGAAUACAUUCCCGUAUACUUGUUAGUGGGUGGUGGAUUUGGAGUAUUUAAACAAUUGUUACACUUAUCAGCUAGAGUGAGACAGCGUCAAGAAGAGAGAGAUGAAGAAAGGAUAAGGCAAUCACCCACACAGACUCUGAUCAAUUGUUUUAUGCUUGGAUGGUUCAUUAUCGGCUCUAUGUGGGUAUACAAAGAAUACGAGCCGAAUUACGAUCCAGCUUUGGGAAAGUACUGCAACAAGACGUUAUAUUUAUUCGCCUUCUGGCUGAUCACAUCGGUCUACAUAUGUUUAGGUGUUGUAACAGCUGGCCUGUGCAGUAUUUCCGUAGCUAGUAUCGCGUUUCAGAGAUCGCCACCGCAAGUCUGAAACAGCGCGGCUUCGUGCUCGUAUUCACAUCUCUAAGAUUAUAAUACCCAGGACCAUCCGUAUUUAACAAAGUCGGGAACGUGCAACUCGCUGUAUUUAUCGAAAUGAAGACACGUAACUCAAGGUUGCACGCCCUACGUCAACGGAUGAUCCAAAGUGUGUGAGCGCAGUCUCUCGCGUUACGUGAUAACCGCGGCUUCUCAUGGGAACCUACGAAUACCACACUCUCUCCUGGUCGUUAAAUACGAAUCAUUCAUUUUUUUAUAUAUCGGACGCGCCAAUAAUCGGAUCGGAAGUUCAAGUAUGGAGGGAUCUCCAUACUUUGUAUAUAGAUGCGGAUUGCACAUGUUGUAAACGUUGAAAAUCUCAUUUUGGGAGCAAACCGACGAAAGUCACUCGAGCGACCACGACAUCGUCUUUUCACCGAAGUGAGUCGCUUCGCAGAUAAAGAAAGAAAAACAAAGGGGGCGCAAGAAUUUCGUCCACGUUUACGUACCUGAGAUGCUUAAACGACUAUUUCGAAAGAAAUCGUUGGCACGUUAAACGCACAUUGAGUAUUCGCGCGGACGCGCGAGUUCGACAUGAAUCUCAAACGGAAGAUCGUCCAAAAGGACAUCUCUUAUUCGUGCGAAGGGGCGCGAUUAUCCCCUUAGUUGACUCGAUAAUCAGACGACGCUGUAGCGUCGCGACGCCAACUACGUAGAAUCGAUUCAAAUUUAUCGAGAUUGUCGAUCUCCCAAGGAAAUCGGAGAACCAACGACACAUCGACACGUCGACGUUCUCCCGUUUCUCUCUUCCGCGACAGCCUCUGCCGGCUUCUAAGAACAUUUGAAGAGACGAGAGAAAGCGGAGUCGCUUCGACCGGAUUUAAGGGCUGUGUGUCGCGUUAAUCGCGGAUUCUCGAAUCUUGUGCCAAGUGGACGCGGAGUCGCAGACCAAAGUAUUUUGCUAUGACGGUGUUGCUCGCGCUAGCGCAUUGCGUGCGCUACGGUUUCUAUAUUAACGAUGCACAUACUCGCUCCUCUCUUCUCCCCUCUCACGGAAUUCUCCUCGCCGACGGCGGGCUGGUGGUGUGCGCGGGCGCGACUCGCACACCACGUUUACGGCGAUACGACGGUCUAACACGUAACUCCGCGGUAAUAAAUGUUAGUCAUCGCAUCGCGCUAUCGUUCUCCUUUGACUUCUUAUCUAUGUUAAGCACUUUAUGCAUUUUACGGACAAUGUACAGUCAAAGUACGCACUCCGCUUGCUCGUGACGUAACUUAUUCUUAAAAGACUGCGAUCCUGUGCGCGACAAUUUAUAUUUAUUCGCCCUCACCUCCGUCCUCUUACGCCUCUAUAGAUCUUCUUUGAUCUUUUUUGUGUUUAUACAUACGAUUAAUUUUUUUUUUUUUUCUUUAGAGAAGGUCGCUGAGCGAUCAAUCAGGAAAGUAUGAAUGUUUUUUCUUUUUUUCUUUUUUUUUUCUUUUUCAAAAUGUUUAUCCUAAGAAAAACUAAAAACGACAGUAUUUGUCAGUAUUGUUUGAGCUUGUUAUUUUUCAAACAAUAAAGAUGGAAUCAGCACGCUCAAUUGUCGUCGACGCAGCGUCGAUAUGGACUUGUUUGUAACUCGAUUAAACGACUGUAUUAUGAAGAGUAUUAUGAAGAAUAAUCGCUGUGUAAAUACUUAAUACCGUUCCUUCUACUUUCGUACGACUUGAUCUGUUUUUCCGACUCGAGUUUAGUCUUCCUCUCACUCAGUUCGUUUAUAAGAACAUAAUUAUCCCGAGCAUAGUUAGAUGUAAGCGUAGACGUAGACGUAGAGACUGAGGCGAACACAGACACAGGCACGCGCACAGUCGUGCCUAUGAUUGUGCGAAGAGUCUCACUAAUAUGCUUAUGCGCGUAAUGAAUUAAUAAUAACCAAGCUUAAUGCAUUCAACUUCGCGUAAAUAUAAUGCGACACACUCACACACGCAUACACAUAUUACUAAACUUAUCGUAUGAUAAGCUCAAUUGCAAGCUUAUUAUAUGUAUAGGAUGCGAUAGAAUACGCGGUAUGACCGGGAAAAGGAAGGAAUUUCUUGCGCGCAAACAAUAAAUCCAAGAAGCGGAGUAAACGUGUUUUCUCGUUCGAGGUUUUUUUGCCGUGUUCCCGAGCGAAGGACGAUCGUUCAGCGCUCUUGAUUUAUUCUCGCAACGACGUAUUAAUCCGUUUCCUUUUUCGGUCACGCCGCGAAUUGGCUCGCGCUCAACGUACGAUUCGAUCGCAUACAUUAAUUAUCGCGUUCAGCAACGCACGAACUGGGGAUAACUGUAAAUAAUACGAUCUAAAUGUAUGAUUAUACUGAUUGAGCGGAUACGUGUUUACGUUGCAUUUAUUAUGCUAUUACAAGAUGACGAGAUUAAUUUACGAUAAUGUAUAAUUGCAUUCCUAUGUUGUAUGCAUGGCAUAAAAGCAUAACGCACAUUUGUUGUUACGAUUUCUUAAAAUAAAGCGCUUGAAAAUCA